GGGAUGGGGUGGGAUGGGAUGGAAAUAUCACGAUGACUUAUGGUUAGGCAAUGGAAUGGAGAUGGGCCCUGUGUAGCGCGAGUUUCAAUACUGGUUUUCUUUUCAUCGGUAUACCUGUCCUUGUUGGCGAUGACAUGGCAAGGCGAGGCGUUUGCGAUACCUGCUUUUCUGGGGAUGCUCUUGGCUUUUUUACCGUGGACUGGUCUCUACUUAGGUACUGGGGAACUUUGCCCAUGGCAUAAUGAGCACAAGUUGAUUUGGGUAUAACUAUGAGCUUUGGAAAGUUGUGACAUGAGUUCCGUCUUGAACAUCUCAGAGCAGUGGUUGCCCUGCCGGGGGAUGGGGAUGGGGGGGUUGAAGUAACUUAAACCGGAAUCUGUGUAUGUACAGAUGUAUAAAUUGUGUAAGUUCGUAGUGUCCACUGCUUUCUC